AAAGUAAACAACCCAAUCUCACAUUAUCUCUUAUGAGUCUUAUUAUCUCUUGAUAAGGAAAAUAAAAUAGGAGUAUUUUAGUCAAAGGCUAAAUGCACACUUUAAUUCGAUUUUAUACACAGAUUACAGAUUAUAUUGAUGAUUUCUUCUUCUGGUAUUGCAAGCUCAUCAUACACACCCUGUCUCGGAGCAAAGUUAUCCACCCAUCUCAUCUUCUUCAACUCCACUUCAAGCACACUCUUCGAAUGGCACGAUCUGCGGUGGAUGAGUUGUCAGCUUCGGGUGCUUUUGAGAGAACUUCGUCCAGUUUCCGUGAUUCUAUUUUGCGGGACCCGAAUUCCACUUUCCCGGCAGAAGCUGGUAGGUAUCAUCUCUAUGUGUCAUAUGCGUGCCCUUGGGCAUCACGGUGUCUUGCCUUCUUGAACAUCAAAGGCCUUGACAAGGCUAUUUCUUUUACUUCUGUUAAACCCAUAUGGGGGAGGACGAAGGACAGUGAUGAGCACAUGGGUUGGCUUUUUCCGUCUUCGAGCACUGAAGAGCCCGGGGCUGAGCCUGAUCCUUUAAAUGGUGCUAAGAGCAUAAGAGAACUCUAUGAGCUUGCAAGUUCUAAUUAUGUUGGGAAGUACACGGUCCCUGUUCUUUGGGAUAAAAAACUGAAAACCAUUGUGAAUAAUGAGAGCUCGGAUAUACUCCGCAUGCUUAAUACCGAGUUCAAUGACAUUGCCGAAAAUGCAGCACUCGAUUUGUACCCUCCGCAUUUGCAGUCCCAAAUCAACAAUGUGAAUGAGUGGAUAUAUGAUGGGAUAAACAAUGGAGUGUACAAAUGUGGAUUCGCUAGGAAGCAAGAGCCUUAUGAUGAGGCAGUGGAAAAGCUGUAUGAAGCUUUAGAUAAGUGUGAGGGCAUUCUCAGCCAUCAACGAUACCUGUGCGGGAAUCAAGUGACAGAAGCUGAUAUCCGCUUGUUUGUCAGCCUCAUUCGGUUUGACGAGGUCUAUGCGGUUCACUUCAAGUGCAAUAGGAAGUUGUUGCGCGAAUACCCGAAUCUCUUCAAUUACACGAAAGACGUCUUCCAAAUCCCGGGAAUGAGCAGUACAGUAAACAUGGAACACAUCAAGAAACAUUACUAUGGGAGUCACCCCUCCAUCAAUCCAUUUGGGAUCAUCCCGCGAGGACCGAAUAUUGACUAUGCUUCUCCCCAUGAUAGAGAAACAGUUGGGUAAUACUAAAUCGAACUAAAAACAUGUGCAUUCCACUCUCCUUCCUACGUCUUCGGUGUUUUCUUAUCUAUCUGCAAUAAAAGAUUUCCAUGUUUGCUUCAAAAUCACUUGAUUUCCAACAUAUUUGAGACACGGCUUUGUUGUUG